AUGACGUGGUGUUCUUCCUGUGUGCCUGUGUCUGAUAAGGACACUGGUCAUAUUGGGUUGAGGCCUCGCUCUAACAGCCUCAACUUGAUUGCAUCUGCAAAGACUCUAUUUCCAAAUAAGGUCAUAUAUACAGUGUUUCCAGGAAAGGUUCAGACUCCAGGGGCAUGUAGAAGACUACUUUGUGCUCAACAGUACAGUAUACCCAGGUCUCCUGCUCCUGCUGUAAGUACAGCUUUUUCUGAAGAGGAAAGCCAUGGAGAGGCCAGUUUCUCCCAAACACCAUCCAGUGAAUGGGACGAGACCCGACUGAUCUUUGCUGUCAGACAAGAAAUGAAAAAGAGAGCCAGAGGAGCACCCGAUGCGGCCUGGAGUCGUCCACUUUUGGAAAAGUCCAUGACAAAAAAGCCUAUUAGACCCAGUCACCGUCACGCCUGUGCAUCUAGAGGCUGCAGGAACACACAGGAAUGUUCCCCUGCGAGGCCUCCCAGCGCCACAGGCCUCUGCAGGAGAAGCCAGGCCCCGUCGGCCUCGUCGGGGGUCUCCCAGAGUCCCCCAGAGCCCAAGCUGGAGGACAGGCCGGCCCUGGGGCCCGUCCGGAAGUCGGGGGGGGGUGGGGGGGUGGGAGGCGCGGUUGCCAUGGCACCGGUGAUGCUCCCCAAGCAUCCUCAUCCCGGGGGAGGGGGGAGGGGGGAGAAAAGGGGACCCAAGGCGGACGCCUCCCUCCAGGGCAAUCUGGCAGGGACGCCCGUUCCUCUGUCCGCCGGUGCUCCCACCCACCUUCCCUCCAAGAGGUUAAUCAAGGUUUGCUCUUCUCCUCCCCCCCCCCCCCCCCCCCCGCGCCCACCCCAGCGUUUCCAUACGGCUUGUUCACAGGCCCCUCCUAGGCCGAGGGUGAAUGCUCCCUUACACUGACCGCUGCGAGGGAAUUGUCCGCGAGUGCUGCCCAUCUUCGAAUCAAUGCCUGCCCAGAACAACAGAAAGGGCCUCAGAUGUACUGGUUUCCACAGAACCAUUGUUCGGCUUUUGUGGAGCAGUUUUGAACCUAAUAAAUAAUGUCAAAAGUC